GGGUGUGGUUUAGGGUUGCCAAAAACUAAGGGUCACCAAACGGAAACUCCAGCUUACAUGUAUACGUAAAGUUGAUACCUUAAAUCUGACUGACUAAAAUAUAUUUUAACAAGAUUAAAAAUCAUCUUUAGCAGCAUUUAAAUGACUUAAAGGUUCCUUUUUGAGGGUGUGGUUGCUGCGCAGAUUCCCUUGCUCAUCCUCACAAAUGUGCUGGGUGGCAACCCUAACAUCUGUUUUUCGGCCAACCUGCAAUCUCUUGCACCUUUUCAUCUCGAUUCAUGAUUUUAUGAAUGAAUGGCCGCAAACAACAAUAAUGUAAAAGCUUUUUGCAGGCAACAACCACCAAAAACGAGUUUUACUAAAAGCUGUGAUGACUUUAAUGUUGAAUAUCAACAAUCAUGUUUUUAUAUUCACUAACUAAUGAAAAAGCGCAAAAUGAAAAUAUUUCAAUUAAUUGUUUAAAUAUGUUUUCGGGCUCUCGAAUAUGUUGAAGAAAACCUUAAGUAUAAAAUGUCUUACAAAUCUUAGUGAAGAAUAUGCCAAAUAUCCAAAAAGUCCAUCGUUUAAAUUAAAUUUAACAAUUUAUGCGCUACAUUGUUUUUACACUUUGAGCACACAUGAUUUUAACCGCGAAAUUUAAAAAAAGUCCUAAAACAUACCCCAUAAAUGAACUGGUUCCACAUCACUCACCAUCACCUAUCGAUAGUUCAGUGUUGGUAAAGGAAACAUCAGAACUAUCGUUAUCGCUUGUGGCGGAGGAAGGAGGAGGCAACUUGUGGAUUGAAAAAACACCGACGCCGCCAGAGUUUGAAAAUAAACAAUUAAUUAAAUAAUAAAUACGAAGAUAUGUUGGAGGAGUUGCGUGAGGCAAAGGUACUGGCCAAUGUGACCAGUGCUGAUGUGGGCCCCGAGGCGAAGGAAUAUAAUUUACUACGCGCCGACGAGGAAUAUCGCAAUGGCAAUGUGGAUCACUCGAUUUACUACCAGGUUAAAGCCCAAUUCCAUUCCACCGACAUGCGAUAUAUUACCGAAGCGGAGGAACUGGAGAAACUACGACCCACAACGGAGGAGCUGAUAAGGUCAGCCUCUAGCCAGGAAAAAGUGGACUACAAAAGCAACAAACUCUGGCAGAACAUCCUCAAGCGACUUCAGGAAGUGGAGCAGCAGAAACCGCCUAAACAGCCCACCAAAGACGCCUUUGAGUACAUGGACUUUCUGGAGGGCGUACGGAAUCCCACAGAGGGUUUAACCCGCAUCUCGGAUAUAUGUCAUACUAUGCCCAGCGAAUGGUGUAUCCUGCACCUCUGCAAGGGCUUCAAUCCCGCCACCACCUACUCUGUGUUCAAUGAGAUAAUGGCCAGCAAUGGAGCCAUUUAUCUCAGCCUGCUGCGUCACUGUAGAAGCCCCCAAUUGGGACCCAUUUGCCUGAGAUUUGCUGGCGACAAUCUGGCCAAUCUCUUCCGGGAAUACAGCACUAUGGUGGGGAGAUUCAAGCGAGUGGUCUUUGUGGAUCCACUCAAUGUGAAGAGCAGGGAGGUUAAGCAAAAGUAUUGGGAGGAGCUAAAACUUUUUGAAUCCUAUUUGCAAAAACUCCACGCCAACUUGCGGGACAUAAUCCUUCCCUAUUCCUUUCUGUUCUUCGGGAAACGCUACGACUGUAGUGAUGCCAAAAGACAGGCCAAGAUCAUCUAUGGUCGCGUCGAUGAUUUCUGCCUGCUCAACCAGUGGAGUUGUCACCAGCGCGUUUUGCUCUCCCAAGCUGCUCUGCAUGCCAAUCGACUGGACUCAGCGAAUCUCAAGCUCAUCUGCUAUGAGCUAUCCAGCAACGAAAACGAAAUCCAGUCGGUGUUCGAUAUGCUCAAGGAUUUCGCCAGCGACUGGAAUCAAUUAGAGGAGCGGCAGCCGCUGGUGGGCAGGAGAUUUCCCACCAUCCUGGUGGUCGAUGAGCGCCUUGACCAUUUCAACUGGGAGCAGUUAGUCACCGUUCAAGAGUUUACCCGCAUCAAAUCACUGCAUUGUCUAUGGCGCUUGUUUCAGAUUCACAAAUCGAACAUAAAGCAUGGCUACUACACUACGAACAUCAAGCAAGGCAUGUGUGUUAUAAAUCCGGAUGCGGAUUUGGUCAACUCCAGUCGCAGGCUGCGCAGCUUCUUUGAGUACUGGCUCCCGCAAUGGAAGCAUAUGUUCGAUACAGUGCCCAACGAGGAGGUGAUAUUGAAGCAGGCCUUUAAGGCGGAUUGUUUUGUCUACGCUGGCCACGGAUCUGGGCUGCAGUACGUCAAUGGACGCACGAUUUCUCGAGCCCAAGUAUGCGGCGUGGUCUUCCUGUUUGGUUGCGAUUCUACGCGCAUGUUAAGCACGGGCCUGUACAGCGCUCUGUACGGUGCACAUGAUUAUUACCAUGGAGCGUUAUGCCCCUCGAUAGUGGGCACUCUAAUGCCCGCAUUGGAUGGCAAUAUAGAUACAGUGUCGGCCACAGCCUUGAGUCUUUGGCUGGCUCCCGGCGAUAAACAAGUAAUCCCGUGGACGCAAAUCGAUCGAGUGCCUUGGCUCAAAAGUGGCACUAUUAAAGGAAAGGAGAAAAGCGCGACCACAAUGAGUGUUGAGCCCAACUAUCAUCUGGGCAGCCUUUGCUCCAUUAUCUCGCUGGUGCAGCAGGGAAAAGUGGAGCCUCAGGUCUACAACUACAGCAUUUAUGUGUGCCGCGGCCUGCCCGCAUGGAAUUUGGCCGUUGAAAAGAUGCCUUUGUAGACUAAGUUGUGUGUUGUGUCGUUGAGUCGAUCUCACUAAGGCAAUUGUUUAGCAAAAGAAACCAUGUACAAUAAUCUUAUUUAAUUGAACUACUUCAUUCAAGUGGAAAGUGGUGCUCAUAAGAUUACAUUAAAAGUUAUAACACUCAGAAUCGUAGGAAUAAAUCAGUACACUAAAAUAUAUUAAGAAAGAAUUCUAAAGCACUUACCUUUUACAAUUUAUUUGUAAGAUUUUGUGAAGUUGUAUAGAUUUAGCACAUUAACUAGAAGUUUCCUUGAUUUCGGUUUAGUUUGUUUGUUUAAGUAGUAGUUUUAAGCAUGUUUAGGCUUUGUACAUUGUGUUUUGGUUGUUGGAACUUGUAACCGUUUAUGGAUUUGUUAGAUUAAUUGAUUUAGGUUAGAGUUUUUGGUUGCUUUAAUUCGAAUCAUGCCAGAGACAAAGAGUGGAGGUUCAUUCUUACAUUGCCUGUGCAAGAACAAGGAGUGAAAAACGUUAAAUCGAGUUCCAUUUGGAAUGUGGGUGAGGAAAGCAAAAAAGUGAAAGUGAGGUGCAAACGACAGUCAGAGAGAAAGUUUGAGUGGGAACAUUGAGAAUUUGUAAAAUUGCAAAAUAAAUGUUAAAUCGAGGAGAGAUUAUCCCACA